AUGAGCGUCGACCAUGUUGGGCAGAUUGAUGACUUUCCCAUCAAACCACUAGAGCAACACUCAUUCCUCUUGACUGGCUUCAGCCGGCAUAGACCGUGUCGACUCUCGUCCAGGGGAAUGACUGCAUCGGCUACCGCAGAGGCAAGUCCUACCCACAGGGCUACGCGUAUCCAAUCCCAGCAUGGCACAGCCAUCAAUGCCGAGGCCAUUACCUCGCAAAGGAGUAAGCUGUUCAGCCUCGAUGACGACGGUGGUUUGAGCGACAGCGAUCCUGAUUCCAACGACGAUGACGGAUGUUCGAGCGAGGACGAGCAGAGACGUUCGCACACGAGCAAGCAUAGUCGAUGGUCAGACCUAGACGAGCAGCGCUUACUGGCAUACAAACUCGACCCGCAAUACGUACACGCUGGAACAUGGUCCGGCCCAGAGGCAACUAAGCUUCCUCCCGCAGGUGUUCAGGUAGUAGCUGAAGGUCUGUGUGCCUACUUGUCCUUUGACAUCUGCUGGGAUGAAUGUCUAAGAAAGACCUUAUCUUUCUGUCGGCCGGUCCAUCGCGGAGCAGGUACAGUGGCGGGAAGCGGCGUUGAAAGCGAAGCGACGAGAAUGGGAUCAGAUGCUGGGCGAAACAUGGAGAAGUUGACAUCGGAAGCAGGCAUGAGGCGCGACGUGUUUAUCGGAAACAAUUGA